CGGCGCAGCGGCGAUAAAUUUUAAUUUCUGAAGUGCUGUUGAAUUUUCAGCUCGCCUUAUUGAUUGAUUGAUUGAUUGGGGGGGAGCUGAAAGGGAGGAAGGGAUUUCACAAGAAGGGAGGGGGCGCAGCAGCUUUGCCGAUGUCCUUUGCCGCAAAGGCAAUGCUGGUUAUAGCUGAUGGAAAUCCAAGUCCAAACCAUCGGGGAGGUUCCCAGGUUGUCCGCAGCUCAUCUUUUUCUCUUGCUCUGCGAACGAGGGAACAAAACUAGCUUGUUUUGGAGGCGGUGCAUUCUAGCUUGUGAGCCAGCCAGCGAUGCUGAUUAUCUAAAUUCCGUCCGGGUUGAUUUUGCUCAACUCUGAAAAAAUUCAAAGCUCUCGUUUCCCUUUAAGAAAGUUAGCUGGGUGCCUUUGAUCAAUCAUUCUUGCUCAGCCCAACUUAUCUUGCAGAGUUGAUGCUGUGGGGGAAAAUAGGCAGAAGCGGUUUUAGGUAUGUUUGCGGCCAUCAGUUAUAAAAAAAAAAUAAUAUAGGCGAGAUUAAAAAAAAAUUAAAAAGUUGAACUGGAUUUACCUUUUUAGCCUGAUCGUUUGUUGUCUUUCUGAUCUAGUCUCUCAGAGGUUGCUGCUGCAUAUUUCAGUUUUAAGUACCUGAUUUUAAGCUCUUAAAUUGUGAUUAUUAUAAUAAAGAGGACUAAAAAAAAGAAGCUGCUGUUUUAGUGAUGAUAAGUAAGACUGUCUGAAAAGUAUUCCCUUGUAGAAAUUAUUGUUUGUUCAUUUUAGGUUUCAGUCUACCUAUAGGAUGGCACUGAAUAUGAUCCAGGAUGUCAAGAUAUCUCUGCCAUUUACUCCAGAACUUCCUCUUACUCCAGUGUUGACUCUCACUUGGGAUUUCCAAAACCUUAGCACUUUAGCAGGGGAUACACCAAGAUGCUGCUUAGAUCUGUCCAAUCUCCGCAGCGGAGAAGAGAAAAUUGCUUUCACCUUCAGUCAGUCUCCAGGAGCACUGGAAAUUGAUAAAAAUAACUUAACAGAAUUCCAGGAUCAACUCAGAGACUCAAGGAAGCAGUGUGUGCAGUUGCUCCAGCCUGAAGUAUUGUGCAGCACACCAAGUUACUUCCAGCAAAUUAGCAGGGAAAUUCAAUGGCCUUCGAUGAACAAGAGAAAUAAAGCAGAGGAUUUAAUGGACUGUGAGAUGAAAUAUCUUGGCAGUCCAAUGGAUGCUUCAGGAAUCCCAGAAGCCUUGGACAGCUUUUCUGAGCUCUGUUCCAGUGAAAAGGAAGAAACAGAGAAAUCCUUUUCUGGGCACCACUGUAACAUAGCUGACUUGUUGUCCGGACCACUCCUUGCUCAAGACAUUAAUAUUAGUGAGCAGGUCUCCGUGAACAAGAGCCGCCUCUUCCGAUCUCCAUCUCUCCCAGAAAAACUAAACAGGCCUGCAUCAAAGAGGACAGUGAAAAGCUAUGAUGAUGAAACUCCAACUAAGGUGAAAUGGAAGAGCAGCCCAAUCCAAGAAGGGCCAGAUGGGGUUAUGCUUUUGAAGAAAACAGCCUCCCUUUCUGACAUCGAGAUUGUCAGAGCCCUUGAUCAAGACCAUGGCUUCAGGCAGUUAAUUGGUGAUUUCUCUGGCGUGUAUGCAUUGCCAACAGUCACAGGAAGGCAUUCGGAUCUGAGAUAUAUCACUGCGGAUACUAUGGUAGCGCUGCUCCACAAUCAAUUUCAAAGCCUUAUAGAGAAGUUCUAUAUUGUUGACUGCCGCUAUCCCUAUGAAUAUCAUGGGGGCCACAUCAAGGGGGCCUUGAAUAGCCACAGGCAAGAUGACUUAUUUGAACGUUUCCUGAGGAAGCCUCUGCUUCCCUCAUCACCACAGAAGCGCCUCAUCCUUGUAUUCCAUUGUGAAUUUUCUUCUGAAAGGGGUCCCAAGAUGUGUCGUUACCUGAGAGAGGAAGACCGGGCCAUGAAUGAAUAUCCUGCCCUGCACUAUCCUGAACUUUAUGUUCUCCAAGGUGGCUACAAGGAGUUCUUUCUAGAAAACAAGGAGCUGUGUCAGCCACAGAGUUACUGUCCCAUGGAUCACCAGGAUUUCAAGGCAGAGAUGGUCAAGUUCCAUGUUAAAAGCAAGACCUGGGCAGGGGAACGGAGGCGCAGAGAUCACAUUGUUCGUCUCAUGAAGCUAUGAGUUCAGAGACAGUAGCCAGGAGGAAACCUCCUCCAAAAGGUCUUUCCUUGGCCAAAGGAAAAGCUGCAGCUUCUGUAAUAUGCUGAAAGGCUAAGAAAGUGAGCUUGCCAGGACCAAGGAGCCCUGGCAGAGGUUACAAUGAGGAGAGCUCCAAAAUGCAGAGGUCCCUAGUUUGAAAGUGCUGUGGCCAACUGCAGACAUUCCUAAUGGAACACAGUGGCCGCUGUGAGAAAAUGCCUAGAACGUUUCCUAAGGCAGCAGGCUAAGCUACUCUCUAAUCCAGACUAAGCUAGUUGUCAGCAGGAGACUUAAUUCUUUUUAAAUGUUACUUUAAGUUUUUGGCUCGUGAGUGCCUUAUUUUAAUGGAAGAAUAAACUGUUCUGGAAGAUUAUCAAAUGUUGUUUAACUGUGUAUCCAGUUUUGUACACAUAUGUAAGUAAUAGCCCGUAGUAACAGAAAAAUUAAAUACUCAUUUGGAACAAUACCAUACAGGCGGGAAGAAAAAGCAUGAGAAAAUCAUUUCAUACUUGUUUUCUUUUAAGGGGGGUAUCUUUUUCUUCUUCUGAGUAUCUUAGCGAGGGUGUAGAUGAGUGAUAUGGUAUAGAAAAGUAUAAUAAGCUACUAUUGCCCAUCCCUUUAGAUCUUGUAUAUUUGCCUUUCAAGGUGAGUCACUUCUCUUGCAGUUCUGGAAAAAAAAUGUUUUUUAAUGAUAGCAAACGCGAGCAAUUGAAAUUCUGGACAAAAAUAAAAUUACAUAUUCAAACUUGUUCUAAAUUAAUACUUCUUCAGACAAUAAAGAUGACUAGGUAACUCUCAAAUAAGUACCUUCACAAUAUUGUAAAAUUUUAGAGGUUUGUUGUAAUUACCAGGAUCGCUCUCCUCCAAUGCUUCUCCCCUCAUACCUUCAAGACAAUGUCAUGAGGUAGAUUAGAUCGAGUCUUGCCCACAAGUGCUUCCUCCAUUAAAUCCCACUAACAUGUUCUUGGAGUUACCUGAAAAGAAGAGUAAUACAGGUAGUCCUUGACUUACAACCACAAUUGAGCCCAAAAAUUAUGUUGCUAAGUGAGACAUUUGUUGAGUUUUUGCCCCAUUUUACAAUCUUUCUGGCCACAUU